UUUUUACUUUUUUAAUUUUAGACAGAGUACGUGAUUCAAAAUAACAUCAGAAUAAAUGCAAUGGAAGUACAAAUAGGAAGAGAUGUUCCCAUGAAUGAAUUAAUGUUACAAGACUCUCUGGAAGACAUCAUGGAUACAGUUCAUCAGUUAAAUAGUCAAGGGGCAAUAAACUCCCGAGACCACAUGGGAUCCACUCCCCUCCACAUAGCAGCCAAGUGUGGGAAUGUGGAAAUGGUGGAAAAACUUCUUGAGAGUGGAGCAUCCGUCAUAGUGGAGGAUCUCUAUGGAUACCAGCCACUCCAUGUGGCAUCAAUUCAUGGAAAUGUAAAGAUUGUUCAGUUACUUUUGAACAAGGGUUGCAAUAUAGACAAAAAUUCAGCUGCCAAACUCACGCCCCUUCAUUGUGCCUCACAGAAGGGAAAACCUGACAUAGUGAGCCUCUUAUUACAGAGGGGGGCAUCCAUAGAUCCUCAAAAUAGCUACGGACAGACACCUCUCAUGUUGGCCAUUAGUGAGGGUCAUGAAGAAGUGGUCAAACUGUUGGUGGAUGCAGGAUCAGACCUUAACCUGAGGGACAAGUCCACCUUAAGCGUUUUCCACCAUGCAGUAAAUAAGGGUUCCCCAAAGUGUCUGCAAAUUCUUCUAGCAAAAGUGGAAAAGGGUCAAAUGCUUGACCACACCAAUAUUCAUGGACUAUCCCCUUUUCAGUUAGCUUUAACAAAAUUUGUCAAUCAACCAGAAAAUCACAAUGAGUUGAUUGAAAAACUGAAAAUGUUUAUAAAGGCAGGUGCUUCACCCAAACUUGCAGACAGACCCAGAACAUUCCAUAUGAUGAAAUCACCCUCUGUCUUUGAAAAACUAGUGGUCAGUGGAAAUAUGGAUGUUGUGUCUUUGAUUUUGCAAACAAACACAUGGCAAAACAUACACAAAGAAGUAGACAGGGUUUUUACCAGCCUGAAGGGUGGGGAUAUUCAGAGUGCUUCCAAAGACAUGGCCGGACUUCUCCUGCAUUACCUCAGCAGCACGCCCAGUCUCCAACAUUUAUGUAGAAUGGCCAUAAUCAGCAAUAUUGAACCUGGGUAUCAUAGCAUUUGUCAACUGCCUCUACCUCAGAACUUGAAGAAUUAUUUGCAAUUUUCUGAUCUCGACUGAAAGUUAGUUUGGAGAGGAAACCAUUUUGUUACCAUGCCUGUUAUCUGUUAAACUUUUGUCCAUAGUGAAAUUCAUCAAAGCAGAUCACCAUUUUUGACUGAAUAGGAGUUUACCUCUUUAGUCUUUUUUGUUUUCUAUACAGUGAAAACUUGUAAUUUCUAACUCAAAACAGACAAAAACUUAAAUAUUGAAGGAUUUAAAGUAUCCUCAUCAUUGGAAACCCACGGGUGAUCACAGGUGAUAAGUAAAGACGAGAUCACCAGUGGGUUUCCGAUUAUAAUGUAUCCUGGAAAAAAUACUGAAAUAUGUGAAGAGUAAUGGUUUAGGACUUCAAAAUCACUUUGACAUGGUACCAGGCAAUGCGGGUUUUCUAGAUAUCACUAUAAUCAGUGUCCAUGAUAUUGAAGUUCAACUGUAAUCAAUACUUACAAUUCACCAUGUUCACAAUUCAUAUUACAAGUUAUCACUCUUGACACUAUAGAUUCUAGAUUCACUUAAAAAUAUAUUAAGAAUUCUAGAUGUAAGAAUUAAACAAUAGAGGUGAUUGGUCAAAUUAUUAUUCAUCUGAGAGUGUAUUUUUUAUGUAUUUGUAUUCAGUGUAUCAGUAAGAAUCUACAGAGAAAUGAUCUUUAAUUUAAUAUUAGAGCUAGGAAAAUAGAUAAUAAAAAUCAGAAAUACAUUCCACAGUAUGAUUUAGGAGUUGCUCUUUGCUUGUAUAAAAAGUCAUUUUUGUUUUUUUGUUUGUAUAAUUAGUUUUUAAAAAUAACAUAGAAGAAAUUCAAAUUUAUAAAGUUCUGCUUGUAAACAGGUUUUUUUCUUUCUUUUUAAAAAUUUUUGUCAGUUGUAUGUCAUUUUCAUGUUUUUAGGGUAAUAAAACAAUCAUUAAAUACAAGUAAGAUAAUGUUUCCUUAUGAAACACAAAGUAAAGGUGCUUAAAAAAAAAAGGAAAAUGUGUCAAACAAUAUAAAUUAGCUAGUAUUUUUUUAAUUGACUUAUUUACCUUUCAUUUCAAAUGUGUGUCGAUUUUGUUAUUUUCAACUGUGUAAUUAGUUCAUACAGUAUGUAAUUAUUAGAAAAGCACAGAAAACAUCUGAGGUCAUUUCUCAUUGUUCUGUUUGUUACAGCAUAUUUCAUAAGGAAAAAAGAAAAAAAGGGGAAAAGGCAGUGAAAAAGUGGGAUCUAUUCGGAAAAUAAUUACAAUAAAAGAUUUCAUUGGAUUGAUUAAUUCACAAGUAUUUAUAUAUGUCUGGAAAGAUGCAAAUUGCAUAUGUACUAUAUCAAUUAAAUUGUAAAAAAAAAAAGUUUCAAAGGAAUUCUAGCUAGGAGAUAAUGCAUAUUGAAUCCAGCAAUUUGAUUACUUUUCAGCAUGGUUACAGUGGUGUUUGCUGCAUAUAUAUAUGUGUAACUAUAAUACAAUAUUAGUAUUUAAUAUAAAUAUGCUUGUUGUUUCUCUGAAAUUUAGAUUAAAAAAAAAAAAAACUAACACAUGUACACAAAAUAGGAGCUUUUACCUUAUCUGUGUACAUGUAUCUUACGACUGUUUUAAAAAACAUCAACUAGCUGUAAUUACGAAAAAUACAUGUAUUGUACAUCCAUA